AUGCAGGAGCUGGUGGCUGGUGUGGAGAAGAUCAGGUUUGACUUGGAGGCUGAUGUGGAGCAGCAGCGAGGAGCUCAGCCCCUGCCCUUCCCGGGUAUGGACAAGCUGGGGGCGGCCGCCUGCGAGUUCUUCCAUCGAGGGCUGUGCACCAAGGAUUGCUUUGUGGCCCUGUGGCCAGUGGGUUGCGGGGAGAAGACGGUGGUGUGCAAGCACUGGCUGCGCGGGCUCUGCAAGAAGGGGGACGGGUGUGACUUCCUGCACGAGUACGACGUGACCAAGAUGCCCGAGUGCUAUUUCUAUUCCAAGUUCGGUGAGUGCAGCAACAAGGACUGUCCCUUCCUGCACAUUGAUGCCACCACCAGAACCAUGGGCUGUCCCUGGUACGACCGCGGCUUCUGCAGGCAUGGUCCCCUGUGCAAGUACAAGCACACGCGGAGGGUGAUGUGUGCCAACUACCUCGUUGGCUUCUGCCCAGAAGGACCCAAGUGCAAAUUCAUGCAGUACGGAGCUGGCUGUCCUUGGGGGCUGGCACAGUUGGAUUUGGCUGCCGGCGGGGAGAGUGGAUGCAAGGACGUGCCACCCGUGGAGCCCCCUCUACCAGUCACCGGCGCUACCUGGCACCCGACAGAGCAGCUGCGGGACACCAAUAGCUGCCCCCUGGGCCCGCAGAGCCCGCUUGAACGAGGCAUCUGCUUCAAGCCGGCUGCCGACGGGCUGGGGCAGCAGGAGCGGUCACUGUGCAAUCACAGGUUUGAAGGGGCACGGGACCAGCUUGUGGCCAGGUCCCGGGCAGACAUAGGUUUGCCCUUCGGGCACAACAGCUAA